GUAGUUUCCUGAGCACACACCGUGCGGCACCGCCCGCCGAAAGUCCCCGAGCGGCGAGACUGCAGCUCCCGGCAUGCAGCGGAGCCGCUGGGGCACACCGGCACCAUGGCGGUGGCGCGAGGCGGAUUGCGGGGACUGCUGGUGGCAGCAAGAGCUCCAGCCAAGGCCUGGGGGCGGCCAGAUGCCCGGGGCACACGGCUCUUUGGGCAGAGCUGCCCCCGGCCCGCGGGACAAGGGGCUGGUCAGGAGCCAGUCAGGAGUGGGGGGCUCCCCGAGGGCGUGGAGUACAUCCCCACACGCAAGAAGGGCAAGAACCCGAUGAAGCCAGUGGGGGUGGCCUGGGCCAUUGGGUUGCCUUCCGGCAUCAUCCUCUUCCUCCUGACCAAGCGGCAAGUGGACAAAAACCGCCUCGAGCAGCUCAAAGUCCGCCGAGCAAUGAUGGAAGCCAACCAGGGCGAGUACGAGACGGAGCGAUACAACAGGAUGGUCAGGGGGGCAUAGCCAAGCUGCCCCCGUGCCAGGCUGUCACUGCAGCACCCUGGGGGGACUGGCCAAGGUGACACCAGCCCCGUGGAACACAUGACAGUGGCAUCUGCCCUGCCUGUCCAGACCAUGAAGUGGUUGUGGAGCUGAAUAGGAACAAAUAAAGUGAAACAGCUCGGUGCCA